AGGAGGCAUAGGUGAUCGGCUUGACAAGGAAUUACUUUUCAUUUCACAACCAGAUAUCCAGUACUUCAGAGACAUGCUGCCAACCAUCAUUCGAAUUCUUCAGGACGCCCGGGGAUAUGUAUCCAUUGAUUCCAUCUGCGACUCGAUAAAAACGAACUAUCCCAAUACGAUCCCGACUUCAUCGAAUCUGCCCGCGGAUGUUCACACGCAUUUGACCAUCGCCCGGGGAUACGGUCUUGUGCACACUUCCGAGGACAAAGCAAGAUUAUCGCUAGAUUUUACGAAGCCCGAGGAACCGUAUUUUGAAACAAAAUUGAAAUCGUUAAAACAGGAAUUGCAAACGGCAAGGCAAGAACGCCGAUCGACGACGGAGGGAGUUGUCGAAUCGGUAGCCGAACCGUCGCAAACCGCUGCUAGCAGUCCCCGCGAUUGUGGCCCUGGAUGGAGUCGCCGCUCGCCGGCACAACGCCGAGCCAUAGCAAUCAGUCAACGGAUGAAGGCCAUCGCUCAGCGCAGGGGACGUUCGCCGGCUAGAAGAUCUCGUUCACGCUCUCGGUCACGGUCACGUUCGCGUAGAACAGCUCGCUCGAGAAGCCGAUCGCGAGCUCGAUAAUUUAUGGCUAUGUGGAAGUUGAUGAUUGACGGAUAUUUCCCAAAUUUGCAUUUGAUUGAAAUUUAGAAUCUUUGUUUCUUAUUUAGAAUAUUGUAAAAAAGGCGCAGUGAAUCAGAUUUUAUGGGGAUGAUAGCUCUUCAUCAAUGGAUAAUUUCGAAAAUAAUUCUAUAAAAUUUUGGUAGUUAU